UCGAAACGAUUGAUCUAAGAUUCAAUGUGGGCGUCGUCUUUUUUGUUUAUUAUCCUAAGCAUGCUUGUCUGGUUUAUAUUGUGCUGGUGUAAAUGCGCAAGCCGGUUUACUCUUGAAAACGUCUUUUGCCCGCCCAUUUUGUCCGUGAUCACUUUGCUUUUGCGCCUGUUAAAUAAUCGAAGAAAAAUUCUUGUAACGCAGAGUUUACCAAUCGAAACGGAUCGAUCAAUCAUCUUGAACUCUCGUGGUGAAUUUAUUAAAAAUGCGUUGUUCGUUUUCACAAAAGCUUCAACCUCUCAGUUUUAUUUUACGAUGAGCUUUUCGAUUCGCCAACAGUGAUCGAUGAUAAAACAAAAAUAAAAAAAUAUGUGAACUUCUCGAAUAAAAAAUCGAACGAGUUGAUCUUUCAAUCUUCGUUGCUUUCGCGUGGGUACAAUCGAAUUUAAUCAGAUCCCAAUUCUAACUUCAAUUUUUACGAAAGUCUCAGUCCUUCAGGAAAGAAGAUAAGUGAUCUGAAAAUUUAAGAACUUGUCUUUAAUUUAAAUUAUAGCAUCUUAUUUUCAUUAAAAUUGGAAAAGGCCUAUGUAUCCGGCAGGAAUAUGCCAAUCACAUCGGAAGUUUCUUCGAGGGAUAAUCUUGAUUCUAUCACUACCAUGGAAGAUCAAAGUCGUACGGGAAGAUACGUAGCAGGUGGAGCAGCAUUGGCAGGGACGUUACUUGCAUUAUACCAUGUACUUUUACGUGGUACAUCCUCCAUAGCAGGGAUAUGUAUACCUGUGAUCAUAAUGGCAUCUUAUAUUAUCUGGGUACUUUAUUCCGCUCGCAGGGAUAGGCGCAAGGCAUUAAGAAUUGCGACUGCUAUGCAACUGACGGAAGUAAUAAAUGAGCCUGCCAGAUCCACCGAAACCGUUUGCAAAAACGUUACGAUCAACGUAGCUGAAUCUGAUGGCAAUUCUACGGAAAAAAUUAGUCACGAAAAUCCUUCUUUUUUAAAAGAGGAUUGUACUCCAUAAAUCUAAGAUUUUUUUAUUAAUUGUAUUUGUUUUCCACGAUUCUAUCACCACCGCAG